AUGUCUUUGAAGAAUAUGUCGGGCGAGCAGCAACCAUUUCUACAGUACUCGGAUGACUUAUUAUCCGUGGACGAGCAUGAGUCUGGUCACUCGGCACACCAUGGCAAGGCUUCGUGGUCGUCGUUCCUAUCACAUUUACUUGUCUUCCUUCUCACGUCUUCGGUCUGGCUUGCGAUAUCCUUGGCCAUACCAGCAAUAUCGAAUUCGAGGUCCGUCGGCACGGCAGACCAAGUCCAAAAUGUAACAUCCAAUGCCUGGGCUCUAGACUGUGGCGACUCGGUCGAGGAAGCCAAAGCCCUCGGCUGCAAAUACGAUGUCUUGCUCAACCAUUGGGUCCCUGCUCCCUGUGUGGACGACGAGUUUGUACAAGAGUAUCAAGAAGACGACAGUUGGGCGGCAUAUUACGACGAAGACAUGACACAUCAAAUCAUGACCAGCGACGAAAUGUCUGAGCUGGAUAUCUAUUAUACCUCAGUAAGGGACCACGUCAACCACUGUGCGAUGAUCUGGAAGAAACAAUUUUAUGUUCUCUUCGAGGAAAGAUCCGCCUUCGACAGCGUCAUUGUCACGCCGUAUCAUACAGAUCACUGUGCACAGUAUCUGUCAGACGUCACCGCACAGAACUUGACUUCGUCGACGAGAGUUGAGGUUGGAUUUGCGGGCUGUUGGAUGAAAGAGUGA